AUGCAGGUAGAGGACUUUGACAGGGCUGUCAGCGCCCUCUUCUCCCAGGGCAGUGCAGCUGUCAACCCCGCGACUCGGUGCGAGGCCGAGCAGUACUUGCGCGGAGCAGCAGGACUGUAUGCAGCAACAGCAGCAGCAGCAACACCUGUUGCCAUAAUUGCCUCAUAUGUGUGCUGCAUGGCAAGCUGUUUUCUGCCCGGGGUGCUUUGUGCUGCAGCGGUGUGCGACAGCAGCAGCGGCACCACGCUGCUGCUGUCCGCGUUGCAGUCCCGCUGUUCUUUUGAGGCGAAGUUCUUCGCCCUGCAGCAGCUUCUGCAGCUGCUGCCACAGCAGCAGCAUCAGAGACAACAGAUGGCUGAAGUGCUGCUCAAUGUGAUGCGACUGAGAGUAUGCAGCGCAUCUGCCUGGGCCUGCAGCAGCAGCAGCAGCAGCAGCGGCCCAGAGACCGACAGCACCGCCGCACAACUUGCUGCUGCUGCCUCCGACCCAGCUUCCAGCCCCGAUGCUGCUGCAGUGCACAACAAGCUGGCCCUCCUAGUAGCUCGGUUACUGGCUGCUCAGGUCAACGACAUGGCUGAAGCAGCAGCAGCAGCAGAACCGGCACCAGCAGCAGCGGGUGCUGCUGCUGCUGCUGCUGCUAGAACGAAGGCUGCGUUUCUCCCGCUGCGGCAGCUGCUGCACCAAGAACUGACUGCCCUUUGUUUGCACUUGCGCAAAUUAGAAGACCCAUCAGUGGCAGCAGUAGCUGGCCAGUGCUGCGCAUGCAGAAACCCGGCUUGUGCUGCACCGGCGGGCCAAAACCUUGCGGCUACACUGGAGUCGCUGCGGGUGGCGCUGCGGGUGCUGCUAGUGGUCCACCAGGAGUAUCUUGAAGACCUGCCAGCCUCUCCUCUUUCUGCAGCACUUAAGAGCUCGUUUCCUUACGAUGAGGAAAACCCCACAAAUGCGGCUGCUGUGCUCUGCCCUCCACCGUUCUCGCCUUUGCUGCUGCAGCUGCUGCAGCUGCUGCAACUCACAUAUAAGGAAAGCCCCGCACUAGCCAGUUUGCUGCAGCUGUGCUGCUCAGUGGCGGAGAGGUACGUUGGGUGGAUUGACUUGCUGCUGCCACCUCCAACAGAAUCAGCAGCGGAGGCGCAACGCCAGAACAGCGACAGCAGAAGCAGCAGCAGAAGCCCAACUUUGCUGCAGUUGUUGGGGGCAGCAUGGCUGUCAUCGGGUUUUCCGGAUGCCGCUUCUGCAAUCGUGGUGUUCAUACACCGGAAAAUGGAGCCUGUUGCGAGGAUUGAUCUUUUGUGCCGCAUGGAGUUAGCGGAGUGGCUUCUGCAUCGCAUCCCUCUCGCGGAAAUUGCGGCAUCCCCGACAAUGAUUCUUUCUUUCGGCUCCGUAGUAAAUGCAACAGUUGCAGCGCUGACGGAGUCGACAGCAGCCCUGGCAGAGAGGCUAGAGGCAGCAGGUGAAGGCGGCUUUUUGGGCUCUUCAACAGGCAGCAGCAGCCCGCAGGUUGCGUGCCGGGACCCGAGGCAGCUGCUGCAGCAGGGGGUGACUGCCUUGUGGGCAGUUCUGCCUCUAUCCGUCCAGCUGCUGGGGUCUGGUGGCCUUGAGGUCUCCAGCACUGUUGUUGCGUCUCUUUCCUUGCUGUUUUCUAAAGCAGCAAUAUUGCAGCGACAGAGCACUCUGCUGCUGCAGCCGUCGCCGGCAUCCCGCCUUGAAAAUCUCUUGUUGGAGUUGCUGCAAGUACUUGUCAAGAGGCUUGCGGAGGUCGACUUGCUGAUGGGAGCAGUGCAGCAGCAGCAACAGAUGCAGGAGCAGCAGCAGCAGGUCAUCUACAGCAGUUUGGAUGACGAUGAGGUUGAGCAGCUGUAUGCCUACAAGGAGGCGCUCACUGCUUUGUAUAGGAAGGCCUGCUCGGCAAAUCCGUGCCGCGUGCUGCAGUGGAUUGAGGAGGGACUGCAGCAGCAGCUCCAGCAGCUCCAGCAGCAGCAAACGCCCCAACAGCGCCGAGAACAACAGCAGCAACUCUCGUCACUGCUUCACAUGAUUCUCGUUAUGACGGACGACAUUGGCGAUCUACAGGAAAAGCUGAAGGAUACAUCUAGUCAGCUGCAUGCCUGCCUACUGAAGCUGCUUCAGCUGCUGCAGAACAUGCAUGCGUCUCCUGCAUUUUCUUCGGCUGCAUCAGCGGAGAAUUUCAUGAGGGUUCUUGUGCGCAUUGCUCCACUCUUUGGAAAGCAUCAGCAACACAUCCCUGAAGCUCUUUCUCUCUUGGCGGGACCCCACGGAGUUUGCAGCAGCAACAAUAACAUUGCGCCUAAAGCUUGCCUGGCGUUGUUGCGUUUUGUGAAGAAUUGCCUCCCCUAUUCUGCUGCAUACACGAGACUGCUGCUGCAGCAUUUGCUUCAACAGCAAUGCCUUGAUGUCCCUCGCAGCAGCAACCAUAGCAGCACCAGCCCGGCUGCGCAACAGCGCUUGCGUCCAGCAACUCCACCCAGCUGCAACAACAGCAGCAGGCAAGAGCCGCUGGCUGUGGCAGCUGCAGCAGAUGUUUACGUAGUUCCCAGGGCUUUUCAGGUAGAGCAACAAUUGCUGUUGUAUGAAGCGGCAGGCGUCCUUUUGGGUAGCAAACAACAGCCGCAAGCAGCUGCUAGUCGCCAGGUGCAGGGCCCUGCAUUGACGAAUUCGGAAGAGCGCGUAUUGCUGCUGCAUGCGUUGCUUUCCAAGGCAACGGCAGCCUUCACAACGGACAUGGCGGCCUAUAGUGCAGAAGCCUCGCCGUCGGCCGCAGCUGCGGUUGCUGUUUACUGGGCUCGUUGCGCCAACGCGUUGGCGUCAUUGUCAAAGGGGUUCCAGCCCUUCAAGAUGUCGGCCGCGGCUGGAGGAGCCAGUCCUGAGGGAGCGGCCGAAGGUUCAGUCGUGGUGGAGCUCAAGAAAUCUUGGGUGCAGGCGCUGGAGCUUUUCACCAAUGCCCUACUUGUUGCAGGGGUUGAGGGCAGCCCCUUGGAGAUAGAAGGUGCGAGCUUGUUGGUGCUGCCGCCCUUCUUGCCUGCAUGUAUCUUCUUAUUGCGCCGUCUGAUGUCGUUACUGGGCCCUCUUGCUGCCUCUCCCAUUAGUGCAGUGGUGCCUUUGCUGUAUGAUGCCAUCUUGGUGGAGGCAGAUAGCCCUGCAGCAGCGGCAGCAGCAGCCAACAGCCUGCAGCAGCAGCAACACUCCCCGGAGGUGGCGGCCGAGCAUCUGAGUGGAUUUUGCAUGCAAGUUCUGGUAUCUCUGAAAGGCCCCGAAGUGGUCGCGCUGCUCCUGCAGCACUUGCCCUUGAUUUUGGAGAGACACUUGGGCUUAUACUUGAAGGCAGUUGCUGCGGCUGCUCAGGAACCUAAUUCUGCCGAGCUCCAGCGGGAAUGCCGAGGGGUGCAGGAGCAACUGGCGCUGCUUCUUGCCACAGCGGCAAGAGAAGCACCGGUGGCGCUGCUGAGUUUUGCUGCUGCAUCGGUGCUGCCUUCCAGCAGCAGGGGCAAGGACAACAGCGGCGUCCCCAUCAGCUUGAGCACGAUCGAGCAGUGCGUAUCAACGGCUAUCGGCCACCGUGUUAGCGCUAACGGCAACAGGGAAACAGGCGCAAAACACGCACUGUUGCAGUUGCUGCAUCAGCAGCAGCAACAGCUCCACGUGCUGUUGUUCGCAUCUUUGCAUCGUUCACGAGGGGCUUCUGCGGUUACUUCAAAAGCUCCUCAAGGGACUCCUGCAUCAGAUGAAAUAUGUAGCACCGCAUGGAGAUGCAUUUUGCUGUUCCUGUUGGUGUGCUGCUGCUCUGGGAACUGCCCGGGAAUUUCAGCAGCAGCGGUGCAGGCUUGGGGACAACUCGUUGCAGCACUUAUUUGCAGGCCGGAAAACUUAGUGGAUGCUCAGCACGAGCAACUGCUUCAGAAACUGGCCGGACUUCCCCUGGAACUGCGGCAAGUACAGGAAGCAAUGCGGGACUUUACUUGUCAGAAUAUUGCCCUUGAUGCUCAGCUGCGCCAACGCCGCACGCAGGCAGUUUCGGCGGAGGCCCCGCAGCAGUUGGAGGAGGUGCAGCUUCUGCGACAACAGCAGCACCAGCGCGUUCAAGGCAUCGACCUUCAGCGUGCUGGGCAGCAGCUUGCUCUUAUUCUUCCCUUGUGUUCCCUCUUUUCCGUUGUUGCGGACCUCUUUGCGUCGCUAAAGACAGAUGACCCUCAAUACAUCAAGCUUGCAGCAGAUAUUGGAGGCCUAUGGCGUGUUCUCGCCUACGGAAUUCCUCCAGGAACUCCACAGCGCACGGCUACAGCAGUGGCAGCAGCAGCAGCAGCUGAGGCAGGAGCCCAGCUUAGGCCAAUAUUUUUCCCACUACGCAACGGCAUUCAGCAGUCACUGAAGGACGCCCUAGUUGCACGUGUCGGAAAUCCUGCUUGCGCUGCCGCUGCGCUUGUAGACGCACUGGGACAAACGGAAGGGCAGCAAGUUAGAGAAGUAAUUCGAGCUUGGCAACGGCAGUUCCUGUCUAAGUAG